CAUUACACGGUGAGAACACGUCAUGGGGAGGGAGCUGUGCCUGGAGCUGUCACAUUACAUACGGCGCUGCUGUGAGAAGGGUUAAUAGUGUGCAUUGACUCACCAGUGGCUUCGUGGCUGUCCGCGGGGAGCAUGGAUAAGCUGCGGAGGGUGCUGAGCGGCCAGGAGGACGAGGAGCAGGGGCUGACAUCGCAGGUAACCGCCGUCAUGUCUGACAGUAGUUCACAGAGUUUCCGCUCUGGUGUUUAUCACCUCUCCUCUCUCUCCGGGGCUUUACAUAGUGCGGAUUCAGUGUGUGCAGAGCGCUGUGCACAGCCCUGGGGCUUCAGUCACACCGUGUCAUUCUAUAGCUGGAGCACGAUUCGCCUGAAUGACUGA